AUGGAAGUGCCUGUUUAUAUGGAUACCAUAUUGAUCCCUUUGAGUCUUUUCAUUACGCUAGGUUACCAUGCCUAUCUCUGUCACACCAUCAAGAACAAACCUUCACAUACAAGUUAUGGAAUCAAUAAGCUAAGGAGGACAGCUUGGGGUCUCAACUUAAAUCAGGGUGAUGAUAAGAAGGCUAUGCUGAUUGUGCAAAGCAUGAGGAACACUCUUAUGGCCACCAUAUUCACAGCUUCAAUAACCAUUCUUGUUAACAUAGCUUUGGCAGCUCUAACCAACAACUCCUACAAUGCAAGCCAUUAUCUCUUUAGCAGUGAAUUUUUUGGCUCAAAGUCAGAUAAAGUCUUUGUUUUGAAGUAUGGCUCUGCAUCAGUUUGCUUGGUGAUUAGCUUCUUAUGCAGUUCUAUGGCCAUAGGAUUUCUGAUUGAUGCCAAUUUUCUAAUGAAUGCUUAUGGGGACUUCUUGUCUGGGGAUUAUACACAAAGUAUAUUAGAAAGAGGGUUCACAUUAGCUCUUAUUGGCAAUAGGGUGUUCAUAAUUGCUCUUCCUAUGAUGCUAUGGAUGGUGGGUCCAGUGCCAGUGUUUUUAUCCUCCUUGGCGUUGGUUUGUGUGUUGCGUGAGUUUGAUUUUGUAUGUAAAUUCCCACAAAGCCAUAAACAAUGUAUCAAUGUAAAAUAG